UCCGCAAUGCUCGCUGUACCUAAGACGUCUCUUGCCUCUAUCAUAUGCCCGGUGGCUCCAUUUCUCGUCCCCCGAUUGCUGCGCUCGCCAGCUCCGCGUGCCCUCCUCACCCAAUUCUCAACCCGCUCGACGUACGCUACAGACGCGAAAUCAAAUAGCAAAAGAACAAGACAACCCGGGGUCAAAUCUGCCACCAGGGGGCCGAAAAUCAUCAAAUAUGACGCCUCCGGACGCAGUGCUACCCUCCCCGAGACUGCCCCGAUGCUGGUCCGGAUGCAGCACGCAUGUACUACGCGUAAUAUACAGGCAGUAAUGGACUUAUACCCGACCCUUCUCGAAUCACGCUCCUUGCAUGUAACGAGCAAACUCCGUAUAGCCGAAGCCAUUCACACUGUGGUCCGAAACCUGCCACCUUCCAGUCCCGCAUUGAAAGGCAUCUUUCCCUUUCUACAACGCAUGGUGGAGGACAUCAAAUCUGGUAAACUGCCCCCGGAUGCCUAUGCUCACGUGCACCUAUUGGGUGCUUUCAAAUCCUUCCAGAAAUAUGAAGAAGGUUUCGCCUUCUGGCAAUGGCUUGCGAAGCAAGAUGACACAUAUGUAUCGCAGGCUGUCUAUGGCGCUGCUAUAGAACUUAUGGCGUACGGAAAUAUAGGCGCCCUUUCCGAUUUGGAGGGCAUAUACAUGGAUGGUCUCAAACGAUUUCCUGGCACCUUCGCCGAAUACCACCUAUCUCCGAAUGCUAUUGUUCCCAACCGGGACCAGAACGUUGCCAUGGUCGAUUUGCCUAUUAUGCUGUUGCAAGGUAUUUGUACUGCCCGCAUUGUGCACGGCGAGUGGAAAAACGCCUAUCUAGCUUUUGACACUGCCUUGCGCUUAAAACCCACGCAAGUUCCUAUUCGGUUCUUCGAAUUAUUUAUGACCGAACGGCCUGUUCAAGAAGCCUACACGGCCUAUCUUGUUGCCUGCCGUAUAGGAAUCGUUUUCAAGCCUAGUCAUUUGACUGGCUUAACUAAGAAGAUUCGAGAUGCUAUGGCUUCGUCAUCGUCUCUCAACACACGUAUGGUGCUUCUUCGCGCCAUCGCAAACUCUCUCUAUGCUUAUCAACAGUCCGGUGGCACGUUGGAAGGUGUCCACAUCGGCGCUUUCAUUUCUGCCUGUGAAACUUUGUUGCCCGAAAGGGGACCAGGGGAGGUGUUGACGGGAAUUCAGGCCGAGUAUCGUGACGCUAUUGUACAUAUGGCUCACGAUUUGACUUCACAACUCCUGCAGGCUGGCAUGCCCCCUCAUCCGCGUUUUUUCACUUCUCUCAUCGGCUUGGCAGGGUCACAGGGAGCCGACAAAUUGCUCCAUGCUACACUCAAAGACAUCCGAUCCGCAAAACUAGACCUCGACCAGGUAGGGAGAAGAAUUGUCAUGAAAAGUGCUGGCCUACUCGGUGACUUCACUUUACUCGUCCAGUAUUGGAACCGAAUUGUUACCUUGGCUGAAAAUGAGCACCAACGAAUAGCCGACAUUGAUUGGGUAACUUUCGUGAGGGCUUGCAAACACCUUGACCAGGUUCAAUACUGCAAGGAGCAGUUAUCCCAUCUGGAGAUUACCCUCACGACCUCGCUCACUGUUCGGUUGCAUACCAUUUUGGACGCUCCACCACGUCAACCACGCCCAGUCAAGCUGACAGGUUUGGAGAACUUUGCAUCGCAGAUGAAGGAACUGAAGGCCCAGUUUAGCAAAAUCGUCACUGUUGUCAUGUCUGGACAACCUUUGAAUCCAAGAAGAAACCCUUUUUACAUGGCAAUAGAUCCAACUCAGAAGUCUUUAGGCACGAUUGAGGACAUGCGGACAAUCUACGAUGAGUUCACUAUUGACCCUCAUCAGCCGCCCUCUACAUCCGAGCAGAACGUCCUCGCAACACCCACAGGCCUAUCUUUAGGCAGUCUGCGCUACCUGAACUGGGUCUCGGUUGUAGAGAUGAUGCAUCAAGCCAGUCUAUUGGAACAAAAACAACAGGGUCCAGAUUCUUUCCCAUUGAAUGUUUCAUUCGAUCUUUGCCAUCGGAACGCACAAAACGCGAACGAUCGAAAUCUACCUCUUCCGUUGGACGCCCUACGAAGCUACAUCAAAACACUACGCGCCCCCUCACCGAUCGACUACCAUCAUGACACACUUGCCCAUCAAAAUUUUGAUGCUCAGAAUAAUGCAACUGAGUCUAUACCACCACAGUUUCUAGAGGCUAAUAUGUCGCUCAACGACGGACCGACAACCACUAUACCCAGACGCAGUCGAACCCCUAUCAAAAAACCCAAGCACCCUUUGGGCUUGCAAGAAGAGCACGCGGGUGAAUCGUGA